CACUCCCUCGUCGAUUCUGUUGGGUUUUCUCACAUGAUCAAGAGCUUGAGACCCUUCUGCCUCAAUUUCAGAACUCAAAUCCUCAGUUUCUGAAACCAGGACCAUUCUGGGUUUGGUUCUUCAAGCUUCUAUCUUCAUUUUUACAGAUUUCAGAACCCACAAAAAGCAAUGCGGACUAACGGAGGAAAUAUCCCAAAGAAUUCUUGGCCGCGAGCAGUAGUGAAGAAAUGGCUAAACAUACCAAGCGGAGGCGACGAGUUUCAUUCCGAUUACUCUGUAAAAAAUGCAACUGAGAGUAGGAGGAAGAGUUGCUCGGACCAGGACCAGUACGUCGUCGUACCGGACGAUGUUGCAGAUGGGUGGUUGAUGGAGGAAACUUACGGCCCAAGUUUUGCACCGGAGGCAGCAGCUGUCACCGACAAUCUCAACCUCAGGAUGUUCGUGGGGACAUGGAAUGUUGGAGGCAAGUCACCACACAAGGACUUGAAUUUGAGGGAAUGGCUUAGGUCCCCAACUCCUGCAGAUAUCUACGUUCUAGGGUUCCAAGAAAUUGUUCCUUUAAACGCGGGUAAUGUAUUGGGUGCGGAAGACAAGGGGCCGGCUGACAAGUGGCUUUCCCUUAUUCGAGAUGCUCUUAACAAGAAUGACCCUGGACUUCCUAAUUCCAAUAAUGCCAACCAUAAUGAUCAUCUUGAUCAGCAAGGCAACAUGAUGCCAAGGCUCAGCUUCUCGGACUUGCUUUCCUUAGAAGAUGAGCUCAGUACUGCAGAUUUCGAGAGACUGCUGAAUUUUAAUCCCGCAUCAACUAGUGGAGAAAGCUCACCAAGCUCCCCAUUGGGGCAGGGGAUGCAGGAUAGUAGUCUAAUGCAAAGACAUCGUUAUUGUUUAGCAGCGAGCAAGCAGAUGGUGGGAAUUUUCUUGUGUGUGUGGGUUCGUGCUGAUCUUUGCAGACACAUUAGCAACAUGAAGGUCUCGUGUGUUGGUCGAGGCAUAAUGGGAUAUCUUGGAAAUAAGGGUUCCAUAUCGAUAAGCAUGACAUUGCAUAAAACAACGUUUUGCUUUGUCUGUGCUCACUUAACUUCUGGUGAGAAAGAAGGGGAUGAGAUGAGAAGGAAUUCAGAUGUCAUUGAAAUUUUAAAGAAAACAAAGUUUUCUCACUCUUGUAGAACACGACCACUUCCUCCUGAUAGCAUAUUAGACCAUGACAAGAUUAUUUGGCUUGGGGAUUUAAAUUACCGGCUAGCAGCUGCUUGCGCCGACACACAUGAGCUUCUGCAGAAGCAAAAUUGGCAAGCACUUUUAGAGAAAGAUCAGCUAAGAAUAGAGCAACAAGCUGGUAGAGUAUUUAAGGGGUGGGAAGAAGGGAGGAUAUAUUUUGCUCCAACUUACAAAUACCUUGCAAAUUCUAAUCAUUAUGUUGCCCAAACUUCGAAUUCUAGAGAGAAGAGACGCACUCCUGCCUGGUGUGACAGGAUUCUAUGGAAAGGAGAAGGACUUGAACAGAUGUGGUAUUUAAGAGGGGAAUCAAAGUUCUCGGACCACAGACCGGUCUAUUCUUUGUUUGCAGUCCAAAUAGACUUGGCCAGCAAGAAAAAACCCAAACCUGCUGUUCCCACAAACACAGCAAGUAACAGAGUUGGUCCGAAUUCUCGGUUGCCAGUGACAUGCUUGGCCAAAGUGCAAGCCGAAGAGCUUUUGGUACUCACAAGAGCAAAAAGCUGCUUAAACACAGGCUCCACCAGGUUCUGAAUCACACAAGCUAAGCUUACCUUUUGAAGACCAAUGCAGAACUUAGAGAGUGCAGCACAUUGUGUAAUGGAUCUCUGAAACUGUUAAGACAGACAGAAGCAGCAGUUGGGUUUCUGACGCGUGUUCCCGACAUUUUCAACAGUGGGACGGUGGCUGAUUAUAUAUAGAUAUAUAUAGAGUACAAGCAAAUUAAAAGCUUCUUAAGACUACUGAGAAGUUGGUAUGGAGAGUAAAGUGGCUGCAGCUCUGGGCAUAUUGGACAUGCGUGGAAGCGUGAGUUUAUAAGCUAUUUUGAAAACCUGCUUUUGAUACAAGUUGAUUUUGGUGCUGGUGAUUAACUGUAAAUGGUUCAGCUUUUGGCAGAGGAAUUUUGAUCUCUUCCCUUUGAAUUAAAUAGAGGAAGGGAUACGACAGUAUUAACUAUGAAGUGAAGGCCGGGUUUAAGAGGAACUCG